CUGUUUUGCCGCCCUCUGCAUGCGGGGUGUCUCCAUCCGUCGUCCAAUCACGAUACGCCGAAGCUCCUUUGUCAGUUCAAUGCCUGAACCCUACACGAUCCAGCCACGUCGUGAGCUGAAGUUGAGCGUAGGGCCCGAAAGUUUCUUAGUGUAUCCCAAGCUGAGAAAAUAGUCACUCGAGAAGGAAGUACGCUGUCGCCGCGAGCACUUUGUCCCAAAUCUUUCAAAUAGGAAGGCAGUCUCCUUCGAUCUUCUCUUGCUUGUGCCAACGACAGCUCGUGUAGGGAUUAAUCUAGAACGUACUAUAAGGAGAAUGUACUUAGAAGCAGAUGACCUUCCAGAAUCACGCCUAUGGUUUGCCCAUCUGUGGUGGAACACAGGCCGUUGCACCCUUCCUAUCAAGUCCAGUCGCUAGGUCCUUACAUUGCGAAUGUCCUGCUGUUCCCGCUUAGGCACAUUCCAUCGCAACUGCUGCUUUCGUACGCACAUCUUGUGCACGACCCGACUCGCUGCUAAGCAGGCGAGGCACGGAACCCACUGUAGCGCGUAUGUCCCAGUCAUAAACAUAACGUAAGCGACGCCGUUAUUAGAGCGGUCAUAGAGUCGCCAUUCUCGAUGGGUGCGCAGGAGGAGCGAGCGCUAGAUGUAGAAAGGGAUCCCGGACGUCUAAGCGACGCUCCCGCGUCUCCCUUCUCAGCGUCUCGUCGACAUAGCCUGCAUUCCUCCAGGGUCAUAAGUUUCCAAAAUGUUGCUAAGAUUACAUUCUUUCUAACCUUAGUGUUACUCUUAUGUGGGUUCAAAGUAGUCUUUCAACGAGGACACUCCGCAGGAGACCUCUCAGCUGAUAUUUUCUCUCUGCUAAGCGCCGACGGGGGAGAGAACCUUCCUGUAACGAUCUACACCACCACUGGUGGCAGGACCCAACGGUCGACGAAUCUGACCCUAAACAUGUCGACAUCCUGCAUGCAGACUCUAAGAUCGCAUUUCAUAACCAAGCUAAGGAAAGAUCAACAGUCCGAGCUGGUGGAGCCCUGUCAAGUUAGCGCCUGUGCUGCAUUCAAGGAGUGGGCUCGGCGCGCUGCUGCUAGGGAAGCCGAGUCGAACCGUCGAUACGCCCUCGCGUUUAAAGCCGGAAUUGGUAGCAAUAGAAGCACCACCGGCAGCAGCAGCAGCAGCAGCAGCGAUAAUGGCAGUAGCGAUGCCAGCGGUAGCAGCAGUAGCAGCAGUGAAACCAGGGACAGUAGCGAAUCCCCCAAUGGGAGUAAGAGGGAUACCCGGGGCAAAAGCGUUAGCGACGAAAGCAGUGCUAAUGCGACCACCGUGGAUGCUUCAGGAACGUCAGAUGCUGCUGCUGCUACCAAAAAGGAGAGGCGGCUACAAGACCAACUACCAGACAGGCUACGAGAAACGUCGGAUCUGGGUUUUUCUUUGGUGGAGCGGCGUCAGGCUGAUGGGUUCGGCGUGUUAUGCAGCCAAGGCUGGCACCAAGACGUGUUACAUCGGGUUACCAGCAGGAAUCACCUGAUUGAGGCGUUCAAUCUGGGGAGUGUUAGUGUUGAGAAGAUUUCGGAGGGGCUGACGACGGUGUGCGACCAUAUGCGACAGGUGGAGGGGAGGCUGACGAAUCAGAGCUCGUCGUCACAGUGCGAGGAGUGGUCGGAGUCGUGCUGGCCGAUUCCACACCUGCCCUUCUCCUUUCUCACAGACUUUCCUCGCCGCAAGUACCUGGUGCUGGCGCUGACCAUGGAGCAGAUGAGCAACGCCCGAACGCACCUGGCAGAGGCUGCUCGCAUUGCAAAGGAAUCCGGCCGCAUCCUCGUGCUGCCCAAGGCGGACUGUAGUCGUCUCUCUGUGGCUCGCCAGCACGCCAUCUGCACCUACUGGGACCUCUCUCGCUUCUCCCGCGUGGAGUGGGUCUCACCAGAGUUCUUCCUCCUCACUGCCCGCGCUGCCCUGGUCAACCCCACCGUGGGGUUCAUCUGCGUACAGACGGAGUCCCUGCACCGGCCCUGCUUCAAAUACGGAGAGCUAGUGGACAUGCUGGGUCAGGUGCUGACAUUCGCCAUGGGGCAUGUGCCCGUGCCUAGCAACACCAUUGACAUCAAGAUGCCGCAGUCCAAGGACGUCUUCGAUAUGCUCCUCCAUGCAUGGAGCGACCGGGACGUGAUUGUAUGGAUGAAGACGACCUUCCAGCGGAUCAAGUAUGUGCCAACAACGGAUGUGAUUGUACACGCUGUUCUGCCCUACCAAGCCAAGUGGCACGACGCGGCAGCAGAGAUCAUUGCGAGACUGCCCCGGCCAAUCAUUGGAGUGCAUUUCCGGUCCGAGUUUAUUGCCUGGAAUGUGGCCCAAGGUCUUAACCGCAACACGUCCUGGGAGGAGGUGCAGCAGCAGCUGCGGCAGCAGAUGAAAGUAUGUGUGCAGGCAGCUGAAAGCAAGAUCAACCAAGUGAGAGUGAAACUCCAAACCGAGCAGCACAAGCAACAUAAGCGGCAGCUGCAGCAGCAGCAGCAGCAGCGCCGCUUGCUCCGUCAACGGAAUGAAACACGCACCAACAGCGGCAACAACACCAACACCAACAACAGCACCAGCAGCAGCAGCACCACCACCACCAGCAGCACCAGCAGCAGCAGCAGCAGCAGCAGCGACACAAUAAUCAACGGGUUGGGGCAGACCCUUGUGGGCCCCACGGUGUUCAUAGCAGCUGACAUCCCGUACAACGCAUCGGCUGCCAUGCUGCCACGGUCGGAGUCGUGGCGGGGCAUGGAGCUGUGGAUGGGGCGCAAGAACACAGGGAGGGCGUCGUGGGCGGCGCUGCACUGGCUGAGGCAGCAUGUCGAGGGGACGGUCAUGAUCGACGAGGUGGUGCCAGCUGUCAACAGCUACGAUCCAGGCAUCGUGUCCAUCCUCGACAAACUUGUGAUCGCCAAGGCUGAUGUGUUUGUGACAGCAGAACGGUACUGUGGGGGCAAGAGGGGCUUCGAAUCGGACAUAAUCCAGCACAGGGAUGAGUUUGGGCAGCCGCCCGAUAGUGUUGUGAGGUGGGGAUGAAUCCAGUUGAUUAGUUAGGUACAUAAGCCUGUAUGCACUUAGGCAGGUUUGGUUGUACCAGUAGCAGCCGUACGCUGCUGCAGCACAUGAUGAGUUUGGGCAGCCACCCGAUAGCGUCGUUUUGGAUGAAGUGACUGUACCAGCAGCAGUGGAGCGGUGCAGCAUAGGGAUGCAUUUGGGCAGCUGCCCGAUAGUGUCAUCGGAUGGGGAUGAAAUGAGUAGAUUAGUAAGGUACAUAAGCCUGUAUUGCAUUGUAGGGAGGGUAUCCUCUUUACCAAAGUGCGUAAUGAGCACUAGGCUGGUUUGGUAUUAUUAGGUGGGGUUGUUUUGUACC